ACCGGUUCGGACAUGAAACGUCAAAGCAUCAAAACAUCAAUCGCAGUUCGCAGGUCGCAGGCAGUUGCUUUUGGACCGUCAUCGUCGCAGGAUUUUCAUCGUUUUUUGGGAGGAAAACAGUUCCGGCAGGCCGAAUUUAUGCUCAAGAACGCAGCCGAAUGUCUGCGCAAGGAAUCAUUCCGGACGCGAACGAGAUCAUGAAGCGGCAACGGGCCGCCGGAAGCGACACCUUCGGCCACGACGUGUACAAGAUCACGUUUCUCUGCGACACCGAGCAACCGCCCCUCUUCGGUGCCAAGUACAACUUCCAGCUGGACGGCGUCGUCGACUAUCCGAAGUUUCUCGUUCAAUUCCCAACCCUUAUCAAACUGGCACUCAAACACGGUCUGCGUCUGGUGGAGAAACAGCGAUUCGACGAGUUCUACUCGGAAUCGGUCCAAUCGAGCCGCGGCCUCAUCGAAAAGAUUCAAGCACUCGAAACGUUCCCCGGUCAGUCGCAGGAUGAGCGCGAGCGGCAACAGAAUGUGGGCGAGUACAGCCACGCCCAGGGCCAUCUGGAUCAGAAAGGAGCGAGUGGCAGUCGGUUCCAAAAAGUUGGCACGCUGUCCAAGUCUGAGUGGGAGGCUAGCAGUGAGUUAUGCGCCCAACUUUGCAUAAAUUCAAUCAAUCAACAAUCAAUUACAAUUUACGUUGACUUAUGGUUG